AGCGCAGGCCUGAAGGAAAGCAGAUGUUACACUAGAAAGACAUUCUACAGUUUGUGCAGCUCUGCUGGAACAUAAGUGAACAUAAUGGGCAGUGUGACAGAAGCACAAGAUUAUACUUCCUAUGAUAAUGCUGAAGAUGAAUUUCAGCCUUGUAACAAAGUCAGCGUUCAGGAGUUUGGGCGCAUCUUCCUCCCCACCCUCUACAGUCUGGUCUUCAUCGUGGGCCUCGUGGGAAACGGACUGGUGGCUUAUGUGCUGGUGGUGUGCCAGAGGAAGACCAUGACCAUGACCGAUUUGUGUCUGCUUCAGUUGGCCGUGUCUGACCUGAUCUUUAUCAUUUCUCUGCCCUUCUGGUCCCACUAUGUGGCGGCAAGAAAUUGGCCCUUCGGGGGCUUCCUGUGCAAAACUGUGACUGGUCUGUACCUGCUGGGCUUCUAUGGCAGCAUCUUCUUCAUGGUGCUGAUGAGCAUGGAUCGCUACGUGGUCAUCAUCCAUGCUGUCACCACUGCCAGACACAGAUCCAUGCUUGUGGGUAUGGCCCUGUGUGGAGUGAUCUGGCUCAUCAGUUUCUGCGCUUCUGUCCCAACCUUCUUGUUCACACAAGUGAAAAAUGAGUCUGAUUCUUUCACCUGUAAGGUGGUGUUUCCAGAGGGCAGCUCAUGGGAGCAGGUCACAUAUUUUCAAAUGAACCUGUUAGGGUUUCUGCUUCCUCUCUGUAUUAUGGUGUUCUGUUACUCCAGAAUAAUCCCCACUUUAGUCAACCUCAGAUCUGUCCAAAGGCACAAAGCCAUCAGGCUAAUUUUAAUUAUCGUCAUUCUGUUCUUCCUCUUCUGGACUCCAUACAAUGUCACCAUAUUCCUGCAUGCUCUGCAUACCUUAGGCUACUUCAGUGAAUGUGAUUUCAGCCAGAAUUUAGAUUUUUCUCUGCAAUGGACUGAGACCAUUGCAUUCACUCACUGCUGUUUGAAUCCAGUAAUCUAUGCUUUGGUGGGCCAGAGGUUUCAGCGAAUGGUCCUCAAGUUACUUAGGAAAUGGCUGACAUGCAUUUUCUCAUGUAAUCCCAGCAAUUCUUUUACGGGGGACCAGUCUAACAGAAUGUCCUCCUUUUCCAGAUCUUCAGAACAUAAUACUACAAGGCUUAUGUGACUGGGUUUGAAAAUGUAUCUUCAUUUCGCUGUUUAGCUAUUGCUUAUUAGUGAUGUAAUUAGAUGUAUAAUGAGUGGACGUGGAUGUAAAUACAGACCGGUGACAAAUUAAAGGGAAAAACCUGAAUAAAUGAGCAGAAACAGCGAAUGCUGAUGCUUCCAUACAGUUGUACUGCCAGAUACAAUUAAGCAAUUAACAUCUUAUCAUGCUCUGUGGCAUGUAUAAAAAUACUGUGCAGGCCCAGUUGACCUCGAUUUUGGACCUGAAGAUGGCAAGAGGUAAAGAUAUCGGAAACACAUCAGUAAAUAUGGUCGGAAAUUGUGGUCGAAAGCUCACAUUCGAUGACUAUGAUGCUCAUGCACUAGUGCGGUAUGUAAGAAAAAACAGAAGAGCAACUCUUCCUCAAGUGACUGAGAAUGUCACUGCAGGACGUGAUCAGACUUUGUCAGCAAGAACAGUCCAUUGUCUGUUUGUAGUGCUUGUGGCAGCCCAACACCGUACUAAGACGCUUUAUGUUAGUUUUUCCUUUUCUUUACCCGUCUGUAUAUGAUGUGAUGAUGCAUUGCACUGAAUUUCUGUAUCCUAUGACUUGGUAAAUUUCUUACACCCUGGGUCAUUAUUAUAGAUGUAAGCUUUAUCCAUUAUGAUUCUCUGUGAGUGUUGAUUUGAUUUUGGAUUUUUUGAGCUUGAUUUUUUUCCAUUGUCUAAAUAAAGCUUUUAUAUUUGUAAAAAAAGAAGAAAGAAAAAAACAUUUACAGGGACUUUACAAUUAAAUGUUUUUAAAAUGUGUUAUAAAAUGUGUAUCUUUUGAUCUAAAUGAUACUGAUGGGAUAAUUUUGGGAAUGUAACUUAUACAACCUGAAUUUAUUGAAUAAAAAUUAUUGGGAUGUGACUGCCCCAAAACAUGGAAUAUUCACAUUAAAAUUGAAAAGGCAAUCUAUUA